AUGGCGCAGUCACAGUCGCAGUCUACCGUACCCCGCUAUUUGACCGGAGACAAGGCCGGUCUCCGCGAAUUCCUCGACAAGUUUGAUGUCUUCCUCUUCGAUUGCGAUGGUGUGCUCUGGUCUGGCGACCACUGCUUCCCUGGCACAGUCGAGACUCUCGAAUUACUACGAAAGAAUGGCAAGCAAGUGGUAUUCGUGACAAACAACAGCACCAAGUCCCGCGCAGACUACCGCAAGAAACUUGAAGCUCUCGGAAUUCCCAGCACAGUGGAAGAGAUCUUUUCCUCGUCGUACAGCUCUUCCAUCUACAUCUCGCGCAUCCUGCAACUUCCGGAGAAUAAGCGCAAAGUCUUUGUCAUUGGUGAAACCGGUAUUGAGCAAGAGCUACGCUCCGAGAAUGUGCCCUUCAUCGGCGGUACAGACCCCGCAUACCGCCGCGAGAUUACACCAGAGGAUUACAAGCUCGUUGCUGCGGGUGACGAAUCCAUCCUGGACCCAGAGGUCGGCGUUGUGCUCGUUGGUCUGGAUUUCCACAUCAACUACCUGAAGCAUGCGCUGGCUUACCACUAUGUCAAGCGUGGUGCAAUCUUCCUCGCUACCAACAUCGAUUCGACACUACCGAGUUCCGGCGCUCUGUUCCCUGGUGCGGGAUCGAUGAGUGCGCCACUGAUUAUGAUGCUCGGACAGGAGCCUACUGCGCUUGGUAAACCGAGUCAGGCGAUGAUGGAUGCCAUCGAGGGCAAGUUCAAGUUUGAUCGUAGCCGUGCUUGCAUGGUUGGAGAUCGUGCCAACACGGAUAUUCGGUUCGGCUUGGAGGGUAAGCUUGGUGGAACGCUUGGUGUUUUGACUGGCGUGAGCUCGAAGGAGGACUUUGUGUCUGGUCCUGUGCGGCCUCAUGCGUACUUGGAUAAACUGUCUGAUCUAUUAGAAUCGGAUUAUUGA